UUGGUUUUUGUUAAGGACGGAGAGUUGGUGAAAAGCAACGACGAUAUUCUGUUUCUAAAUGAGAAACAACAAUUGCACAUUGAAUCACCAUCUGAAGAGGAUUCUGGUCACUACACGUGUUUUGCUGAAAAUAAGGUUGGAAGCGCAGAAAAGAAUGUUAUUGUUACUGUCUUACCACCACCAAAAAUGAUGGAAAACAACAGAGUUUUUGAAGUGUUGGAAAAUGAUACUCGAACACUGGAAUGUCCGAUAAAGGAUCCGUCUGUGCAAAUUCGAUGGUUAAAAAAUGGAAUCCCAAUUGCGACGUCACCAAAUCUUCAGUUUUCUACUAGUGGUCAUAAGAUUCAUCUAAUGCACGGACAAGUUUCUGAUUCUGGUAACUACACUUGUGUUGCAACAAAUGAAGCUGGUGAAGCAAGAUCUAAUAUGAAAGUUAUUGUACUUGCUCCUCCACACUUUAAAGCUCUUCCCAACGAGCUGAAGGUAGUUCAAGGGCACAGCAAAACAAUUCGUUGUGAAGUUACUGGUGCACCAACUCCAGAAAUUGAAUGGCUUAAAGAUGGUCAAAAAUUGGAUUAUCCAAUGUUUCAGUCUUCAAACAAUGUACAUUAUAUUCAUAUUAGAAAUGCUACACUCGAAGAUGCCGGGAAUUACACAUGUACUGCCACCAAUUUAGCUGGAAAAGAUUCCACGUCGUCAAACCUAAAAUUAAAGCUUACGAUACCGCUUAAAACCACAAACAAAAACUUAAAAGUUGUUACAAUUGCAGUAGUCCCGUCAAUCGCUUCCAGCGAACGUUUGGUACAAGUAAAGGAAAAUACGACGCUAUCAUUAGACUGUGUGGCAUCUGGUAAUCCAACACCGAAGAUAUCAUGGUUACGAAAUGGCGUGCUAAUAAAGUCAUUUGAGGGUCCACGUUUGGUAAUAGAAGCAGCACAAGCAUCAGAUGCCGGAAGUUACUCAUGUGAGGCUGUAAAUGAAGCAGGAAAAGCUACUGCCAAUUUUGAAGUAGAUGUCUUCAUCAAACCACGUUUCAAGGAUUUGGAGUCUGAAGUUCGUGUAAUAGAAGGUGAACGUGCUCGUUUAGAAUGCAAAGCUGAAGGACAUCCUCCUCCGGUUAUUACGUGGUUACGUGGUGGACGGCCUAUUGAAACGAUGCACAACUCCAUAUUAAGUCCCCAUGGUGAAACUCUGAUGAUUUUGAAAUCAAGAAGAUCAGAUGCUGGAGGUUACUCCUGUGUAGCAGAAAACUUUGCCGGUCCAGCUGAGGCUCCAUUUAAAUUAACAGUUCUAGUGAAGCCAUACAUUGAGGAGGCUAUAGACCAGAAUCCUCGUGUUGUUAACAACAGAACUAUCGUUUUGCGCUGUCCCGUUCUUGGGAUUUCUCAGCCAAAAGUCUGUUUGUUUUACAAACAUACAAACUGCUAUCGAGAACUACAUUAUUUUGGUGUCUCUUCAGAAUCUGAUGCAGGCCGUUACACCUGUUUUGCUGAAAAUGAAGCAGGAAGCCUAAGUACAGAUUUGGAGUUGGAAGUUAUUGUGAUCGUUAAGCAGCAUAAUUUAGGGCCACCAAAAUGGCCUCAUGACGGAAACUUGGAGUACGAAGUCAAAGUUGGCGAAACUGUUACAAUGGAUUGUACAUUCCGAGCUGAACCGAAACCAGACAUCUUAUGGUAUUACAAAGACUCCCCACUUUAUUUGUCCGAAAAUAAACUAAUUUCAUCAAGUGGAGAACAACUGACGAUUCGCGGCGCUCAGUUGAGUGAUGGUGGUAAAUACACUUGUAAAGCAAUUAACGAAGCGGGUAGUGCUCAAGUCGAUAUGCAAUUGAAAGUUUUAGUGCCACCAGUAAUUGAUAAAUCAAACGUCAUUGGCAAUCCGCUUGCUAACGCUGGAAGCUCAAUCUUUUUGGAGUGCCCUGUUAGUGGUAUCCCGCCACCUACGGUUAAAUGGUUUAGAGAAGGUGAUGAGAUAGACCCAGCUGAUCCACGACUUAGUGUAACUGAGAAUAAUCAGACCUUUGGAAUCAACAAUGUCAUGAUUGGUGAUGAGGGCCAUUAUUACUGUUUAGCUGAAAACAAAGGAGGAUACGAUACACAAGAGUUUGAUCUGGAAGUCUUGGUGGCUCCUGAGAUGGACAGUCAUGGGACGCAAAAAAUUGUGAAAAGUGAGGAUGAUAACUUUGUAUUGACUUGUCCCGUGCGUAAAUCGUUGGAGAAUAGAGCACCAGCUCAGAUAAUAUGGUACAAAGACAACAGGUCAAUCGAUGCUACUGUGCAACAAAAUGUAAAGCUCUCGAGUGACUCUAAGAAACUACACAUAAUGAAAGCAACAGUGUCAGAUGCUGGCAAUUACUCUUGUUAUGCGUUCAAUCGGGCUGGCGAAAGACAUAUGGACUUUACAGUGGAAAUACUUUGUAGGGUUUCUAAACUGGUCAUUGUAACCGUUAUGAGCUUAAGAAGUUAAUG